AUGGCGCUUAAACCGGAAGAUGUUCGAACCCUGACUUUCGGUACAUUUGUCGUGUCCUGUUUCGCGGCCACCAUAGGAUUUAUCUUUUCAACAGUCUUCCUCACUUUCAACGUUUAUCAUCGGAAGAAGAGGUUUAUGAAGAUGUCCAGUCCGAAGAUGAACGUCCUAAUCAGUGCUGGCGGAUUGAUACUUAACUGCACGUGCAUGUUAUACGGCAUCGAGUACUUCUUCCAUCACCUGUACUCAAAGACUACUGUGAUUUGUCAGAUGAGACUUUGGUUAGUGACGUUUGGUAUCACCAUGUUAUUCAGCCCAAUGUUUGUGAAAUCCUGGAGAGUCUAUCAGAUCUUCAAGAAUGCGGGUGUCAAGCGUGUGGUGAUACGUGACCGUAAACUGCUUUUGGCGAUCAUGAGUAUGCUUAUCAUUGACGCUGUCCUGCUCUCCCUGUGGCAAGGAGUGGACCCGCCCAUCUCACAUCCGGUCACAAUCGCAAUUCAGUCUUCCGGUGACAUGCGAAGGAAUCUCUCUGCGUUUUACACAUACGUAUACGUGCAAGAGUGUAACUCUGGCAAAACGGAAGUCUGGGUCUCUCUGAUGCUUGUCUGGAAGACUACAGUUAUGGCAGUAGGGUUGUUUCUAGCGUGGAAAACGAAACACAUCAUGUUACCUGCAAUGAGAGACUCGGCCUGUAUCGUCAUCAGCGUCUUAGUAACCAUGUUCCUGACGUCACACACUUUGAUGUUGACGUCAAGCUUACGUCACAUACCAGAUGCUGUCUACAUCAUCAAUAUUUUGCUUACAACAAUAGUAGCAUCAUUGGUCCAAAGUGCAGUUUUCCUGCCCAAGGUCCGGUUUUAUUGGAAAACUUCACUCGAACAACAGAUGCGCAUGUCAUUGUCAACGCACGAGAUAAAUCCGCACCUGGCAACAUCAACCGGAAAUGACUUCGAGGAGGAACUAGUCCAAUUAGUUGCAGCGAACGACACAUUAAAGAAAUGUCUGACACAGAAAAAUUCCAUGAUUCAAAUACUAGAAGGACACCUUCGCAACGCCAAGGUCAAGCUGACUCGAAUGACAUCGGAACGAGAGGUCAAGGUCGACAGCGGUUUGGAUAUGUCGUCAUCAAGUUUCCCGGAUGACGAUGUCCGGCAGUCACCUGAUGGACAGAUAGCGAAAACACCCGCUACAGUAGUAAAGGUGAAUAACCCCGCACGUAUGGAACGGUCGGAAACGAUACUUGCAACCCCGGAUCAGCCUCUUCAACACCAAAAAAGAGCGAACUCGGAUUUUACCAAUCAUCGGGUGACAAGGAAGCGCCCGCUUAAACGAGACCGAGAAUGUAACACGUGGAACAGACAAAAACAAUUACAAAGUUUUCCAACGCAAGAACUGGACUGUCUUCGUGAUGAAAUAGACGCCGAUCUCACGCAUGCGCACAUGUUAAGUACAAGUUUACGGGCUUCAAUAUCAAACGAACUUCAGAAAAUGACAACAAAUAACACAUGGUAUUACGACUCAAUGAAAUCUCGUCAAGAUGUCGUGGGUUCCGUGGCUAGGAGCUAUGAUCUCGAGGACAAUUCGGAUACUUAUUCAUAUGUAAGCAGUUAUGUUCCGUGCAAAAUUCCCAGACGGAAGUUAGACUACAAUUCUAUACCGAGUCCUUCAUUGGACUAUUCCUGUGACAGUUUAUCGACUACUCUUGCCAAUGACAAAUUAUAUCCUGACUCUGGACAGGAUGGAGAUGACGUGAAACAGUCACGAACUUUUCCUCCUUCUGAUGCUAUUACAACAUCACGUAGUAAAAUAAUUCCAUGUAAACUACAGUUUAAUAAAUACCUGGUUACCGAGGUCGAUAAUGGUAACAAAAGUUACUAUUUAUAG